AGUUCCCUGAGUGACAGCUAAACAGGAACACAAGCGCCACUGUUGCAAGGGAGUGUCAUUGAGAGCGGAUAGCGUUGGAGACGCUUGCUGUUGUUUGUCUUCGUGGAAUACAACGAUGGAGGAAUACCAUUCCAGUGACGAGGUCCCCUUUAAUGCAGAUGAAGCAAGCAGCUGCGUGAAAGAGUGUAUUGAAGGUAUCAUUGGUGGAGUAGAUUACAAUCAGAACAAGGUGAAUCAGUGGACAGCCAGUAUUGUUGAGCACUCCCUCACUCAGCUUGUCAAGCAAGGAAAACCAUUCAAGUACAUAGUCAACUGUGCUGUGAUGCAGAAGAGUGGAGCUGGACUACACACAGCCAAUUCCUGUUACUGGGACACAGCUACUGAUGGGAGCUGCACGGUGAGAUGGGAGAAUCGCACCAUGUAUUGUGUGGUCAGUGUCUUUGCUGUUGCUGUGACCCUCUAGCCAGGUGACUCAGAAGGCUGGACAAACAGACCUGCACACGGACUCACAUGGGAACCGCCAAAGCCUUGAAGAUCCAAUGCUGUUUUAUGAUGUGAAAUGUGUGUAAUGCUGGUAUUACUGGUUAGCUGGUAAUAAUGAACUCUCGACUACCCACAGUUCAGAAAUCACACACGUCCAGGAGGAAUGAUAAGGUUUCCUUGUUGCGUACAGGCCUUUUAAAACUAUGGUUAACCUUCAUGCUUUGAUAUUUUUCAAUUAUUAUUGCUAUUGUUUUGUAAAGACCAGAUUGGUGUAGUGUGUGGUGGUAUUUGAAUAAUUUCUGUUUCCUGGAGGGAAACAAGAAACAUUCUGAUUUGAAUAAUCACUUACAAUAAGAUUGUCCUUUGUCAGUAAUGCUUUUAGGCUCAAUUAGUUUCAGUCCCGCUGUAGAAAAGCUCAGCUUUUUUAAAGUGUCUAUACUGUAUACAAGGAAGAACAGCAUGCAGUUUCUUAAAUCUCUUGCGUUUUUUUUGGAUAAAACAGAAUUCAGAACCCUCUUUUGGUCAGAGGCACUGUGUUACUGUGCUUAAUUUUGCUUUUGUUGUAUUGGAUCUAUACUGAAAGCUUCUUUCCUUUUUGGUGCCUGAAAUGAGAAGGAGAUUUCAGCUAGUUCAGGUUAAGUUCAAGAAGGGAGCAGCAUCAGCAUACUUAGGCUACAAAGCAACGGGUAAAGGAACAAGUAAAGGUUUAUUCCAUGCUGAAACAAAAAGAGACAUGUUUGAGAAGGCUUCACAGCUGAAACGUUGUCUCUUUUCAGCCUGGAAUAAACCUUUACUUGUUCCUUUCCAAGUUUAAGGUUGAGAUUGUCAAAGUAUAAAGAAAGCAACCAGAUGUAAAAUCUUAAUGAUCUUAAGUCUUAAAUACCUAAAAUGUCAAUAUUACAUGUAUUUCAUGUAUUACUUUAUUCUCUAACACAUUCUUAUUGCUGAAUGCAGUGGGGUUGUAUAGGCAGUUAUCAAGUUUUAGCCACCCCGACUAUAACAAGUUAAUAAGCAAGCCUAAUUGAUAUCCAAAUUAGCAGAAGCAGUCUAGCAUUGAACCCUCCUUUUUACAUCCAGCCUCCUCAGCAGUUUUGUGUAAAUAACUCCUGUUGGCGCAGUGGUAGAUUUACAUAAUUCUUCAGUGUAGUAGACUGCAACUAUAUUGUGAGCACAAAACAAUUAGUAAUUAAACAAAACAGUAAUUUGCCUCGGUGUGAUAAGUAGGCACUGCACACAAGCUUGGGAUUGUAUUCCAAACGGCAAAGGCUUAACACUGUUCUGAACAUUUUUUUCUUUUCAGUGGAUAUCAGUUCUGGUCCUGAGGUACCACUAUGUAUACUGGUUUUUGCUUCUGCUCAGCUCUCAAUCUCAAGUGCGCCUUUGAUGCCUUUAAUAGGUCUGCUUUCUUGUUUAGUCUUUUGUUAAACCUUGAUUCUGCUCUCAGUCUUAAGUUUCACGAACACUCCAGUUAAAGGUAUUUGUGGUGUGCACCAUUUCCAAAAGCCUCAGCAUAAAUUAAAACAGCCUUUCUUCAAUUUGCAUUCCCUUGUUUCUGAAUUAAUGGCUUUAAAGAAGCAAUCAAUUUAUGUUGAACAGACAAAGCUGGGAAUGACAAUGUAUCGGACAGUCCCACAAUUAUUUUCCUUCAGCUGAGAUGUAGCUCAUUGUAAUUCAGUGAGCCUACCUGAAUGGGGGCAGUUCUGAACCCCAGAAAUUUGUGCAGGGUUGGUACCAAUCACAGAUAGCAUUAGACCUUUUGAGGAAUGAAAUCAAAUUUUCAUUGAGAUCAAUGAGCCUUGUGCACUUGGCUGGAGCGAAACCAGGUCCGCUGGCCAGGGUUGUGAACCACGUCUUUACAAAUGGUUCUUUAAUGUGCAACACAUUUCUAAGACUAUUGCUCAGUGAACGGGUGCUGCAAAAAGCAUAAAGGCGGCUUUAACAUUUUAAAGCAAAGUGCGUUUUUACGUUUGUCCGUUAGAUGGCGCUCGAAGGUAAAACUCGUGAUGAGUACAGUUCAUUCCCAGGAAGACACGCUUCCCGAGCUGUAACGAGCCGUGCUGUAUACUGCUUUUUGAACUGCCGAGUGGACACGUCUUUACUGCUUAAGAGCUCAGUUUUCAAUUUGAGGGAAAUAGAAGAAUAAAUAGGAAUGUUGUGAUUAAAUUAUUAGUAUUUUUUGUUUAUUGUUAAGUAUUUUAUUUUUCCUGUCCAAAAAGUUGUCUUAUAAAGACUAGAUCUUUACUGUGAUUAGGUCAAAGCUAUUAAACAAGCUUCAGUCCACCUACCCGUCACAAAGCCCAAGCCCUGUACUUGACUGCGGUCUUGAUUUGUUGUGUUUGGGGGUCUUGGUAAGCCUUAGGCAAAGAGAAACACAUUUUCGAUUGGGAGGGCUGAGACAAGUUUAGGCCUUCUGGUCUGGUCAUACUAUAUUUCUUUGUCAUUUUCUGUGCAGUAUUGCUAUAACAUGAUUUGAAGUUCAUCAAUGAAUUGUGACUUAAAUCAACAGGAAACAGUACCCUUUAAGUGAAAAGGCAAAACUUUCUUAGUGUUUACCAAUGCUAAGAAAAGAGGUAAAUAUUUUUUUGCUCCUGUAACUUUUUUUUAGUAUUGUUUCUUAAUUUCAGACUUUAUUUGUUUAGACAUACAGUACAGUUAUUGGAGUUUCCUAACUGGUGUGUUAUAUACCUUUUGCAUACAGGAGCAAUUUGACUGGUUAGAAUUUGCAAUUAAAUGUUUGUGAGUCUAAAUAAUUUUGUUUAUGCCACUUAAUGGUUUGAGUUAUUCAUUAAAGGGCUAGAAUUGUGAUCACUAACACAGGGGGUAUUCUAUCAGUGAAGCACUUAUUUUAUUCUAAAUAAAUGUCAGAACGUGUCUGUAGAAUGAAGUCAAACAAGAGGAGCACUAAUUAUUCACAAAUAGUGUGAAUGAGAACUGACUUUGCUGAAUUAAACUACAGUUGAACCAACUGUGGACUUCUCCUCCAACUGUCGGCCCAGGUUGCAUAAGACACCUUAAGCAUUUCUUAAAAAUACUUCUCCCUUUAAAUAGGGUACUGACUUGGGGUCAUUAAACAAGUUUUCGCAACAUCCUUGAGCUCAAGGAAUACCUAAGAGGAAAAGUGCGUGGAAAUGUCAGCUCCAGGGCUUUCAUGCAAUGGGCCAGUGGUGUCCUUAUUUUGAAGGGAUGGCAGUGCUGUCUAUUACUUGAACACUUAACAGAGAUUGAUAGUAGUCUAUAGCUUCAAAAUGUAAGAAAGUAAAAACCCAGUGCCACUACCAGCUCUCGCAUUAUGACACUUGAGAAGGUAUUGUAAAUAGCCUAGUAAGAGCAUGCCUUGACUAUUGGAAAUGGGAGUAUUGUCGUAUUCAGAUCAGCACGAGCUGUUGUGUUUCCAGGCUUGGGAGGACGUGGAUGAAGAGAAGCUGGCUGGGUCACGCCAUGCCUCACACUCUUGUAUUGUGCGCCAUCUCAUUCCACACCUGAGUGGGCUGUUGUGCAUGAUUGCAUGCUUUUGUAAGAUAUAGAGCGAAGCUGUAAAUAAACAUUAACUCAUAAAAAAAGGCUUUCUGUUGUUUGGAGUGAGUUAUAUUCCAUGAAAAUGACGACUUGUGUUUUAUGUUUGCUUUUGAAUUCAAUGGAGGGCUGUGGGAGGGAUCUCUGAUCUUAAAAUGUUUGCGUUUAAGAGCAUUUUAAAUCAUUGAAAGCUUGAAUUUCAAAACAAUUUAAAAGUCAUAGUUUACCUGGGGUUGGAAAAUGCUCUUUUCUAAGCAGACUAGUAUAGAGAUUUAUAAGACGACAAUUUCAUGGGUUGAGGUUUGGUUGGCGAGGAAGUAAAAUUGAAUUUGUACACUAUGUUCUUUGUAGUUAUCCUGAAUGAAGACAAUGAAGACUAGCCUGAAACUAUUUUGUUUUCUUUUUAAAAUAUCUGUUAAACAUUAGCUCCACUUAUGUAAGAUGUAUGAAAGCUGGAAGUUUCAAUAUUUUUGAAUGCUUACCUAGAAACCUGUUUUGUGUGACUAAAUCUGUUGCAAUUUCAUGCUUCGCCGUUAAACUGUUAUGACUGA